AUGGGAUUGCUCCUGGGUGCUCGCCAUGGCAAAGACAUGGCCGUGAUGGAGGAAUACUUCUCAGACAAGGUAGUUUGGGUGACGGGAGCCUCCGCUGGCUUUGGAGAGGCACUAUGCAUUGCUCUCUGUCAGGCGGCGAAGCCUGGAGGGCUGAUCCUGAGUGCUCGUCGCAAGGAUGAGCUGGAAAGGGUUAGGCUCAGAUGCUUGGAGCUGCUUCCAGAUCUGAAGACAGAAGUGCUGCCGCUGGAUCUUUCUGACCUUUCGAGGUUACAGCCUGCAGCCGAACAGGCGAAAGGUCUUUUCGGGCGUGUCGAUGUCCUCGUGAACAACGGUGGGGUCGGAUUUAGAGGCCUCGGCCAAGAGACGUCGAUUGAGACGGACCAACACGUGAUGAACGUGGACUUCUUUAGUGGCGUGAUCCUGCUGAAAGCCCUCCUUCCAGACUGGCUUAGGAGGCGAAGCGGCCAUGUCGUGCAAAUCUCAUCGGUCCAGGCCUUCUUCGGCUUGCCUGGUCGAACCGCCUAUGCAGCUGCGAAGCAUGCUGCCGUCGGCUUCUAUGACUCGCUGCGGGCAGAGGUGGCAGACAACGGCAUAGCUGUAACCACUGUUUGCCCGGGGUACAUAGCCACUGAACAUGCACGAAACGCCGCCAGAAGCGAUGGGGUGCACGUGGAGCCCGACAUCAAAGGCGUGGCUCCGGAUGUGUUGGCACCGAAAGUCCUCGCGGCAAUCGCGCGGCGGAAAGCAGAGAUGGUCCCUGCUGCUCUGGAUGCUCGAGCGGCUCGCCUGCUACGCACCCUCUUUCCGACGCUUUUCUUCUCCAUCAUGCGGAGGUCGAAGCUGUGA